AAAACUUCCUUCUAGGAAAUUUCUCUUGUCUUUCUCAAUUACUAUUCCCUUAGCGAUCUUGAGUGUAGUAAACUAGGCUGACUUGGCAUAGCAAGAUCGUGAGCAAGUUGUGCAAGAACGUGAGUGAGUUGUCAAGUGCCGCACAUGCGCUUAGUUGAAGACUAAGGACGUGACACUAGUAUCCUUUUCCUCAAUCGAUCUUCCUUAUUUUCAUGACUAUUUCAAAUGGACGUACGGAAUAGCUGAGUCAUAGGUAAAUCAAUUUAGUCUUUGUAGUUGUUCAAGGAAGUUGAAUUAAAAAUUCAAGUGAUUAAAAAAUUAAUUACCAUCGAUGACUUGUUAAUCCAGAAGCCUAAUCCACAAUUUGUUUAUGGGAAAUUAACAACCAAUUCAAACGAAUGUUCAUCUAUAUAUACACAGCUCUUUUCUUGUUAUGUUUGUGAAAAAUCAACAUAGCAAUUAAUUAAAGAUCAUUUAAUUUGAAUUGUUUCAUAAGAUAGUUUAUUUCUACUAGCAAUGUCUCUCAAGUCAAUUGUACUAACCAUAGUCAUUAUGGCUGUGUUAUCUUCAAUGAGCCAUGCAUUUGAUCCUAGUCCUCUCCAGGAUAUUUGUGUUGCUGUUGACGACUCCAAGGCUGCUGUUUUUGUGAAUGGAAAAAUUUGCAAAGAUCCAAUGAAGGUUGUCGCGGAUGAUUUCUUUUUCUCUGGUAUAAACAUGCCUGGAAACACUUCAAAUCCAGUUGGAUCAGCUGUAACUAAUGUGAAUGUCAACAAUUUACCUGGACUCAACACUCUGGGCAUUUCAUUAGCACGUAUUGAUUAUGCGCCAUACGGUCUCAACCCACCUCAUAUUCACCCCCGAGGAACCGAGCUUAUUACUGUCAUUGAAGGCACGCUCUAUGCUGGCUUUGUCCUUUCAAACCCUGGCCCAAAUAUGAAGAAUAGACUCUUUACCAAGAUUCUAAAGGCUGGAGAUGUGUUUGUUUUCCCAUUUGGUCUCAUUCACUUUCAAUUGAAUAUUGGAAAGACUAAAGCUGUUGCAAUUUCUAGACUGAGUAGUCAAAAUGCAGGAGUUAUCACUGUAGCCAAUGCAGUAUUUGGCUCAGAGCCACCAAUCAAUCCUUAUGUUCUCACAAAAGCAUUUCAAGUUGACAAGAAAGUUGUGGAUUAUCUCCAAUCACAAUUCUGGUGGGACAACAACUAAAAAGAUAUUUCAAAAUAUAUUGAUCUACAAAUAUUUAUGUCCUAUUUGCUUGUGUCGUAUAAAUAAGUAAUCUUGCAGAUGGCGGGAUUUCCUCUCCAUUAGUGUGAUGUAUUGGAUGAGGAUAUAUUAUGGCUUAUUAUGGAAUAAAAUUAUGUUUGUUGUGUGUGA